AUGAGCCCGGGCCAGCGCGCCGGCGGCGACGCGCGGAAGGACGGCCCGGCGGGCGGCGGCGGGGGGCGCCCCGCGACGGCGGCCGGGGCCUGGGCGGUGAGCGCCUUGUGCCUGCUGCUCUCUGUGGGCUCCGCGGCCGCCUGCCUGCUGCUGGGCGCCCAGGCGGCCGCGCUGCAGGGCCGGGUGGCGACGCUGGAGGAGGAGCGCGAGCUGCUGCGGCGCGCGGGGCCGCCGGGCGCCCUGGCCGCCUGGGCCGAGCCGCACCUGGAGCGCCUGCUGCGCGAGAAGUUGGAAGGACUGGCCAAGCACCGGACAGUUCGGGAAGCACCGACAGCAUGCAUCUGCCCACCAGGCCCUCCCGGACGGCGUGGCAAGGCUGGAAGAAGAGGCGACCCUGGUCCUCCUGGGCAAUCAGGACGAGAUGGCUACCCGGGACCACUGGGUCUGGAUGGCAAGCCUGGACUUCCAGGGCCCAAAGGGGAAAAGGGCACACCAGGAGACUUUGGCCCUCGGGGAGACCAAGGGCAAGAUGGAGCUGCUGGGCCUCCAGGGCCCCCUGGACCCCCUGGGGCCCGGGGCCCUCCCGGUGACACUGGGAAAGAUGGCCCCAAAGGAGCACAAGGCCCAGCGGGUCCCAAAGGAGAGGCUGGACGGGACGGCGACAUGGGCUUGACAGGACCCCCAGGCCCCAAGGGUGAGCCCGGCAUUCCUGGAAAGAAGGGGGAUGACGGGAUGCCAAGCCAGCCAGGACUUCCUGGACCCCCAGGUCCCAAGGGCGAGCCAGGGAAUGCGGGGCCUCGGGGAGAAAAUGGUGUGGACGGCGUCCCAGGGCCCAAGGGAGAGCCUGGCCAGCGAGGCACUGAUGGGGCCACAGGACUACGGGGUCCCCAGGGCCUCAAGGGCGAGCAAGGAGACACAGUGGUGAUCGACUACGAUGGCAGGAUCUUGGAUGCCCUGAAGGGUCCUCCCGGGCCACAGGGUCCCCCAGGACCACCAGGGAUCCCCGGAGCCAAGGGCGAGCUGGGAUUGCCUGGUGCCCCGGGAAUCGACGGAGAGAAGGGUCCCAAAGGAGCUAAAGGAGACCCAGGAGAGGCUGGGCCGACAGGACCCAAAGGGGAGGCAGGCGAGAUGGGGCUGUCGGGCCUCCCGGGCACCGAUGGCGCCAAGGGGGAGAAGGGAGAGUCAGCAUCUGACAGCCUACGGGAGAGCCUGGCCCAGAUCAUAGUGGCGCCAGGGCCCCCUGGCCCCCCUGGUCCCCCAGGCCCCACGGGCCUUCAGGGAAUCCAGGGUCCCAAGGGAUUGGAUGGAGCAAAGGGAGAGAAGGGUGUGGCGGGUGAGAGAGGCCCCAGCGGCCUGCCUGGGCCAGCUGGCCCACCGGGCCUUAUUGGGCUACCAGGAACCAAAGGAGAAAAGGGAAGACCCGGGGAGCCAGGACUAGAUGGUUUCCCUGGACCCCGAGGAGAGAAAGGUGACCGGAGCGAACGUGGAGAGAAGGGGGAACGAGGCGUCCCGGGCCGGAAAGGCGUGAAGGGCCAGAAGGGUGAGCCAGGACCGCCAGGCCUGGACCAGCCAUGUCCUGUGGGCCCUGAUGGACUGCCAGUGCCUGGCUGCUGGCAUAAGUGACCCCCGUACCCAGCCACAACCUGUACAGUUGCGUGUGGACGUUUUUAAUUUUUGUAAAAAAAAAAACAAAAAACAAAAAACAGUAAUAUAUUGAUCUUUUUUUCACGGGAUGCACCACCUGUGGCCUUCUAACAUUCAAGAGUGUGCCUGGCCCAGUGCCAGAAUGAUCAGCAUGUGAAGCUGGCCGGAAAGUAGACAGGCCAGUCCAGGGGAGCUGUGUACUUGGUUGAGGGGGCAGCCAUGAGACUUGGCUUAUCCCAGAAAGGAGACGAGGGUGAAAGUGUCUGGCUCAGGAGAGGCUGCAAAGAUGCUGGGUUGGGCCUUCAGCCACCUGAUUAGCAGAGAGACUGCCCCCUGAACCCUGGAGCCCUGGAGCCCACUCCAUCCAGAAGGGUCCCAGCCUCUCUGGCCUGUGGACUCAGCCACAACCAGCUGCCCACCCCUUAGUGCCCGUCUGGGCCCUGGGUUCCCCAGGGCAGGAUCAGAUUCCUGCCCAGCACUUGCAGCCGGGUGCUGGGAGCUCUGGGGGGCACCCCCAGCAGGCCUAGCUCCCACCAAGUCCAGUAGGCUUCAGGAGCCCAGCCUGCCAAGAGAACAUGUGUCCUCUGGCCUGGAGAAGAGGCCACGCACUGUGACCACUGCCUGUGGACCCAGCUGCAAAGAAGCCUCGUGAUCCCUGAGUGUGGAGGACAGUGGGUCCCAGACUGGAGUGGCUGCCACUUCCCGCCUGUCUCGCAUCACCCAAAAGAAGGUCAUGACAGGACUUUGAGAGCCCAAGGAGACUGGCCUGCAGCUCAGAGUUUGGGUUGCACCGGCCUCAGCUCUCCCACCCAAGAGAACUCUGGUCAGCCUGCCUCAACUGCCCCUUCGGAUGAGCUGUGCAGACCAAGAAAGCCUCGGGGCUGGUUCUGGGCUAUAGCCUGAGCAGGGGGUCUGAGACCCAGCCACUGGUGCCCUGAGGAGAGAGGCUUCCCCACCCCUGGCAAGGGAUCCCAGCUGCAACCUCCAUCCAGUACAGCUGCUUGCCUCCCUUCUCUGUAUAGACGGAAACUGCCGCGUGUAAUAAACCACAAUGUGUGUA